UUUUCAAGACCCAAAACUAAAACGGCGAAGGCUAAUAGAUAAGCAGCGUGAGCAGCGAAAGCUAGCUAGGGUUUCUUUCCUUACAGAAUGAUUUACGACGUCAAUUCUCCACUCUUCCGCUCAUUCCUCAGCCAGAAGGGCGGCUCCUCCGACAAAAGGAAAAUGGAGGAGCAGAAGCCAAAGGAACAGAGACCCAAAGCAAGUGAGAACAAACCUGUUAUGACAGAGUAACUGAUGCUUUUUUUUAGUCUGCUUUAAGAUGGGACAGGUUGGUUGUUGUUUUAGAAUGGAAAUUACUGUUGAUGUUUCUAAUUUCUAUAUUAUAACAGUUUUUCUUGUUUGAUUUGGAAUGAACAUGUUCUUAUCUGGCAUUCAAGCUUCUAUUUUCCUGAUGUUAUUUUAGUUCGUGCUGGAAUAUUCAUAGAUUUUUCUCUUUGCUGGGGGCAUGAUGACAUUGUUGGCAGUUUGGUCCCCUAUUGCUUCAUUGUAAUUUAUGGAGCCAUUAUGAGUUUUAUGACCAUGUUGGGCCUUA